CAUGCGCCCGCCACAUAGUAUUUGUUUUUUUUAUGGUCAUGCGUCGAGAUCGGCACCAUCGGCACUAUUUUUAUGAGCAAAAUGCGAAAACAUAAACUCCUGUAACGCAUUAUUCACGUUCUUAAUGUUUUAAAUAUUAUGGAUCUAAUGUCACUCGUACCUAGCGAAUUUCCUUUCGGAGACGACGAUCUCAAAGCGGCUCCACGUAUAGUUCACAAUUGUCAAGAGCCACGAGAAGAGGACGAAAUUGAUCUGCUUAUCACCGGCAAUCGAAUUGCUGACAAAAUAAAACGGUGGUUCAUUCGCAAACGUAUAUUAUCGAAAAAUCACCCCGCAACGAAGUUUUAUAUCAAAAGUUCUGCGGCGAUAAAUUAUGAAAUUGGCCGACACAUAAGAGCUUAUCAAUGGACGAUAUAUCCGUUCAGUGACAUACGAAGUUUUUGGGAAAACUUCAUGACUAUUUUUACUAUUUCAGCUCUUCUUGUAAUCCCUCUCAUUCUUGCUUUUGAUUUUCAUAUCAGCAGUAAAUCCCUGCACGUUAUUCUUUUCAUCGAUUUUGUCUUUGCUAUCGAUGUUAUUCUCUGGUUUUAUACUGGACACUACGAUAAUAGCACGAGGAUCAUAAUACUCGAUCAGAAAGUUAUUGCAAGUAAAUAUUUGAAGGGAUUCUUCGUGUUGGACUUUUUGUCGACCUUCCCCUUCGAAGUUUUGUGUGUACCUGUGAUUGGCAAAAAGUGGUAUUGCUCAGCUUGGAAUCUGGUGAAAAUAUACCGCCUUAGAACAAUUGUGUUGUAUUCAAGAAAUCUUUGUUACGUUAGUAUUCAAAAAUCCUCCGGAAUUUCAUUUAUUCUCAAAGCAAACCACGUCCAAAUGGAAAGUAUUGGAAAUUUUCAUUUGCAUCAUUUCAAUAUCGAACUGGACGAAAUCUUGUCGACUUUUUUUUGUCGAGCAAGAUCCAUUGCCACGGUCGAAGUAAAAUUGGUAAUCUUUUGAGAACUUGGCGCGUUCCAUCGGUUGAGUUCACCACUUCUAGAAUCGUUAAAAAACCUCCAUAAUCGAUCGACUCGAACUCUGCGCCCUAAGGAAACCGAAUUUCUUUUUCCACGACAGUUGUACAAGAUCUCAUUCCAAAAGUACAAAAUUUACGAGAUGUCGACGAUAAUAGUAAUCUGCAUCCAUUGGGCGACGUGUCUCGAGCUUUACGUAGCACUUGUCGGACCGACGAUAUGGCGCAGGUCGUGGCUGAUGUCAGAAAUAAUGAUGGACAAAGAUACAAGUUUGAAGAUUUAUUUAGCGUGUGCCAACCGUGCGACGGUUUCUCUAGUAUCGUCUUCCCAUUAUCUCGACAUGAAAACAACGGAGGAUAUUUUGCUGAAUCUCGUGUUGACUAUAGUUGGAAGAAUAGGCUUUAUCUACAUGAUUGCUCAAUUUCUUCAGUUGAUGACGACUUUUCAGUCUACGAGCAAAAGAGCGUUAAAACUACUGAGACAAUUGCAAGAAUACAUGCAGUACAAAGAAUUGCCUUUUUCGAUUCAACGAAGACUUCUUGAUUACUACAAAUAUUGCAACAAAAAGAAGUCCGAUCGAGACAAAUAUAUAAUCGAGCAAGUCUCUCCUUAUCUACGUGAAGAAUUGCUGCUCCACAAUUACUCCAGAUUGGUCGACAGCGUUGAUUAUUUUCGACACUUGCCCAAGACCGUCGUCGCUCAAAUAUUGCGAUUCUUGAAGAUUCAAGUUUACUUGAUUAACGAUGUCAUCGUUAAGGCUGGAACACCUGGCGAUGCUCUCUACUUCAUUGCUUCUGGGACCGUCGCUGUCUACAACAACAGUGGCAAAGAGGUUUGUCAUCUCGACGAUGGUUCCCACUUUGGAGAAGUUUCGCUGGUAAUGGAGAACGAGCAAAGAACGGCGACUGUGGUCGCUGUAGAAAUCUGUCAAAUUUGGGCUCUCAAGAGAAGCGAUUUUUUGGUGUGCAUAUCACCUUAUCCGAAUUUACUAAAUCAUUUGCAAAGAAUCGCCGUCGAUCGUUUGGAGAAAAAUCUAUUGGGCCGUAUUUAUAAAUACGACAAGUCCCGUUUAAUUAAUUCGAAGAAUACUCGUGAAACUGGAAGUCUAGGAUGAAGAAAAAGUAUGAAUCUAUCUCAUUAUCUUACCGUGGUUAUGAGAAUUUGAUGUCGCACAUUUUUCACUUUAAAAAUAUUCAAACGCUCCUAAAUCGUUAAUUUUUCUUUAUUUUUAAUCAAACAGUUAUACAAUCGUUCAUAACAAAUAUAUAAGUAAAAGUCAUAACCAGCAAACUUUAUAAAUGUUUCACGUGUUUUUAUAACCGUCUAAACUCUCUACUUUUUUUUAAAUUUUAUUAUUUCAGUUCUGGACGAAUAAAAAUAUUCAAAAAUUUUCUAAUAACCACAGCAGCAGCACGAAGAAAAAAACUCAACUA